AUGGUAAAGCUUCGCUCACUCAGUUGCUUCAGUUGUGUCCAACUCUUUGUCACCUUAUGGACGGUAACCCAUCAGGCUCCUCUGUCCAUGGGAUUCUCCAGGCAAGAGUACUGGAGUGGGUUGCCAUGCCCUUCCGCAGGGGGCCUUGCUGACCCAGGGACUGAACCUGGCCUCCUGCACUGCAGGCGGAUUCCUUACUGUCUGAGCCACCGGGGGGAGCCUCAGUCAGUCAGCGGGUGCCUGCACAGGAGAGGAGGGUUGGAGAAGGCAGCAGGAAGGACAACAGAGGGCAACAAAGAAAUCUGA